UAUUUACUGCUUCAGCGCAUAAUUAUUUAAUACAUAAAUCGUAAUCGUGAUCAACUAUGACGGAACAGUAUCUAAAAUCCAUCAAAGUCGGAUUUAUCGGAAGUGGAAAUAUGGCUAGUGCUAUAGGCGCUGGCUUAAUUCGUAGAGGUAUAUUAAAUCCAGAUAAUGUCUGGGUUUCUAGUCGUACAGACAGAACACAUGGAUUUUGGAGGGAUGUAGGGACUCAUCCGACGUUGAAAAAUAAUGAAGUUGUGAGCAACUGUGAUAUAGUAUUUCUGACAGUAAAACCACAUAUGUUGGAUGAUGCGCUUGAGACUAUUGUAGAGAGAAGAGUGGGUAAAAAAUUCGAGAGCAAGCUUUUUAUUUCAGUACUCGCCGGAGUAUCUCUUGAUGUCUUGUAUACUAAACUCUCUGCAAUUGUGAUUUCACCAAGAAUAGUUAGAUCCAUGCCAAAUACACCUAUGAUGAUUGGAGAAGGAAUUACAGUUUAUUGCAGCAACAAUGCCGAAAUGAAAGAUCUGGAACUGGUGGAUACGCUAUUUUCUUAUAUCGGCAUGAGCCAAAAUGUUCCAGAAAGUCUUAUAAACAGCAUUGGUGGUUUGUCAGGUAGUGGCCCAGCAUUUGCAUAUCUCAUCAUAGAAGCAUUAGCAGAUGGAGCUGUGAAAAUGGGGGUACCAAGGCCAAUGGCAACUAAAUUCGCAGCGCAAGUGCUAGUAGGAGCUGGAAAAAUGGUUCUCGAAACUGGACGACAUCCUGGUCAGUUGAAGGAUGAAGUCUGUUCGUCUGGAGGUACCACUAUUACUGGCGUUCACGCUAUGGAAAAAGGAGGAGUCAGGGGAUCUAUGAUGAAUGCUGUGGAAGCUGCUGUGAAUAAAACAAAUGACUUAACUUCUCAAUUAAAAUAAUUCCUUUUGAAUUAGUAUUUUGAAGUACAUGUAUUAAAUAAGCUGUUAAUGCUAUUAUUUAUUUAAGCUACAAUUUAUAACUACGAAUAGUAAUACAAGGCUAUAGGAGUCGUCGCUGGAUGAAUUUACGAAAGAGUCAAAUAUCAAUACAUAAAACCGAUUUAUUACAUCAAAUUAAAACCUGUAUGUUUCGACCCGUGUUGGGGCCAUCCUCAGUAGAAAUUAAUGUUAAUAAUAAUGUUAGA